AUGUCAGUACCAAAAGCGGUAACCCCGAGCUACACUCGGGCUUACCAUGCGGCGCUGCAUAGGGAGUCCCUGCAGCACUUACCUUGUCCUUCGCUCCUGCGAUGUGUCCCCUGCAGCGUCCCCGGCUAUCUCCUCCGGCCGAUGCCGGCAUCCGGCUUCUGUGUUCCGGUCCCUGCGACGUCGGGAUGUACGGGCGGCGGCGGGAAAUUUGAAAAUUUAAAAAAGUCAUUUUUUUCAAAACGAUUUUACAUAUGCUUUGUCCUGUCCCCUGUCUGCAUUUUGUCUGUUCUUUCU